AUGGAGCGUGUGCGGGGAGCUGGGGCCGUGCUGGCGGUGCUGGUGGUGCUGGGAGCCCCCCCGGCUGCGGGCGAGGAGCUGUCGGGGGGGUCCCAGUGGAUGAUGAAGGCUGAAUGUUACUUCAUCAAUGGCACCGACCGGUUGAGGUUCGUCGAGAGGCUCAUCUACAACCGGGAGCAGUACGCUCACUUCGACAGCGAUGUGGGGGUCUAUGUGGGAGACACCCCGUAUGGGGAGAUCCAGGCCAGGUACUGGAACAGCCUCCCAGAAAGGCUGGAGUACGCACGGUCUGCAGUGGAGUGGUACUGCCAGGCCUGGUACAAGUACGUCACCCCGUUCCUGGUGAACCGCAGAG